AUGAGAUCAUUCGUAACAAAUAACGAUAUACCUGUUGGAUAUGUAACGCCAAAAUUCCCCUCAUUAUACUGGCCCAUCAACAACUCGAAGUAUAAUACUGCAUUCUUAUACUAUAUAUCUGACAUUUGGAAAUUUUCGCUGUACUGGACUUUGAUCUUUAAUGGUGCAUUUUACGUUACUGCUGGUGUGUAUGCUAGCUUGACCCAUAGAAAGAAGGCUGGAAGUGUAUGGAUAUUCGUCAUGUACGUCUUAUACGGAGGCGUUCAAGGCUUGACGACUGGUACAGUUAUGGGGUUUUUAAUAGGUGCGAUCUAUAGAUCUGGUUUAUUUUCUAUGUCUACAUGGGUCCCACUUUGUUGCGCAGUAGUCCAAAUCCUUUUCGAUGUGGUGCUAAGUUAUUCCAUGGUUGGUUCCGUUAUGUGA